CUAUGAAAGUUUAACUUUUUGAAUGGAAUUAUGGAAAUUAAACAACUUUUCCAUGACAUUCAAAUUUUUGGAAAGGGUCUGUAUAUGAAGUCUUCCCCACAUACAGAGAUACCUGUACAUAUGCACACUCACAGUACAUACGUACUUCCCCACAUUACUCACUGAGUUAACCAGGGUGUUAUUAUGUUGUUGGUUUUAUUACAGCGACGGUGAUAUCAGCAGUAUGACUAUAGUUUUUUUUUUUUUUUUUUUUUACAAUGAUGUGCAUUACAGUAAUUAUCAUUCUGUUCACUAUCAUAAUCAUUUCAUUACUACAAUUAUGUGUGACUGUUUCAAUGCAGUAUUGUCAUUGUGAUCACUAUCAUAGAUAAUCUUUUCAUUACUACAAUUAUGUGUAAUUGUCUCAAUGCAGCGUUGUCAUUGUAGUUGUUGAUAUUGUUUUGUCCUUAUGUCCUUGUUCGUCUUUAUAGUUGUCACAGACAUUUAUUUGCUGAUGUCGUUCUGUAUGUUUCUGUUGUUCUGUUAUUGUUGUCACAAUUGUUGUUGUUACUGCUGUUGUUCUUGUCUCGUCUUUUUUUUUUUUUUUUGUCCCCCUCUUAUCCCUGCACCCCCCGCCCGCCCUCCCGUCCCCUCCUGCUCCGGUCUGGUCGCUCCAAAUUUGCUUAGGCAUUUAGAUUUACAAUUCUAUCUGCUUUAAAGGCUGGACAGGACAGGGGUAAGAAAAAAAAGUUUUGGUGAAAAUUAUUUUAGAAAACUGGGGCAUUGGAAAAUUGAGGUUUUGAAAUAAAAUCCAAUGAGAACGAGUCAAUAACGAGUAAAAUUGUGUUGAGUCGAGUAGAUGGCGUUCAGUGGAAAAGUGUGCAUUUGAAUGUGCAUGUUCAAUGCUUUGUUUUAAAAAAAAUAAUUAAUAAAAAAAAACACAUUUGUCUCUAAUAUGCAGAACUGUGUCAUCCCCUUUUUGAGCUAGUAGGCAAUUAGUUUCAGCACGUGCAAACUUACACAAAGCUAAGCUACGGAGAAUGCGUGACAAUCCCUUUGGCGGCAGUACAGGCUCCGUUCUAUGCCGCUUAUCUUCACUAAGGUCGCAGGGGUAUGCUGGAGCCUAUCCUAGCUGAUUUCGGGCAAGAGGCGGGGUACACCCUGGACUGGUUGCCAGUCAAUAUAGACAAAAACAACCAUUCACACUCACAUUCAUUCCCAUGUGCACUUUAGAGUCUCCAAUUAACCUAACAUGCAUGUUUUUGGAAUGUGGGAGGAAACCGGAGUACCCGGAGAAACUCCAGAGACUCCCGAACAGAGAUUUGAACCCAGAUCUUCCCGAUCUCCUGACUGUGUGGCCAAUAUGCUAACCAAUAGCACAGUGUUAUUGGAAUUCUGUGGAAUGGAAACGAUUACAUCUUUUUUUUUUUUUUUUUUUUAGUUUGGACUAUAAAUUUAUUACGUCUCCAACGGUGCAAUCGAGAGGAACGGAGAAGAAGGCAGGAGAAAAUCAGAGUUAGCCAUCUCGGUAACAACCUAGAGCCUUGAAGUUCAGCUAUCAAAUUCAUCUAUGUUUAUUCUUUUAAUAGGGAUUUUUUUUUUAUCUCUGAGCAGUACAUUUUUACUUGUUUAUAUUUAUUGGGGUAAGAGUACGAGACUGCUUCAUUAUCUUUGUCUUUGUUGGAGAUGAAAUUCUCCACAACCUCCUAAAGGACAAAGGAACCACUUUGGAAAAUUAAUUAAGCCAAUUUCACCUCCCCUUCACGUUCUCUUUAAUCUCUAGUUAUGAGAAGGAAGAAAGACUCACAACAAAUUCGAUUUUUUCCAAAUGUAUUGAAGAAUAAGUCAGACAUAAUAAUUGAAAGAUAAAUCAGACAUAAUCCCUGGUCCUUACCAAGAGAAACUAACCAUAAGAGGGGGAGCAGCUAUAAAGUAGAGGGUUCAGUAUUGUUAAAAUAUAAAUAGGUUACUCUAUUGUCCUACCGGUCCCCAGGAGGCGUCCGGUUGGCAGAUGCCCGACAUUACUGCAGACGCUGCACCAAUCUGCCCGCUGAUCUAGCAUCUAUCCUGCCCUCAUCCGCGAGUAGGACUCCAAGUCCCGACAGAAGCCCAGAUGGCAUGGAACCAAGGGUACAGCUUGAUGCCCUCUUGGAAGAAUACCAAUCAAAAUCCUCCAGACACUAGUCAGAACAAGCCGCCAAAAACGUUGUUGGAGGUUAAGCCUGGCGUAGCCGAUGAAGGCCACAUUGAAAAAGCGUCAGCGAUUUCUGUUAAGACAGAAGGGCAUAAUGAGAAGCCAAAAAGCUGUCACAUACCGGCUAAAGCAACGACAGAACUGACCAAAGAUGUCCAGAUGAUCGCAAGCCAAGGCGGUGACCGAAAGAGGCUGAGUGUCAUCCGGGAGACAGAUGUGAUUGACAAUGACAUGGCCCAUAAGAGACAGCGCCUUGACUCCAAGGACGCACCAUGUGAAGAAAUGUUGAAUACGGCGACUGCAGCCAUGGAGGAGGAAGAAUCAAAAAUGGUGAUCAGUGAAGUCUCUGAACCAAAUAGGUGGCAUGAAAUAGCCCAUAAGAGACAACGACUCGACUCCAAAGAGAACACACUAUGUGAAGGAACGCUGAAAAUGGGGACCGUGGCUAUCAAGGAGGAAGAACGGAAAACGCUGAUUAGUGAAGUCUCUGACCCGCAUAUGGGACAUGGAGCUCAGCAGCGUACUAAGCAGGAAAAUACCCUGAAGAUUGAGCCCCAAGAAGCCCACCUGACUCUUUGUCCCAGCAGAACAAACGUCAAAGUCGAAAGCACACGCAGCACCAAAGUGACCCUGUUGACCAAAACGACUACUUCCAAAUUGCCAACACCUGCGUUGACUACAAAUUUCCAAAAACGUCCGACCAGCAUUACUCAAUUGACUGUAGGCGCCCACAAACACAGAGAACGUGACUCCGUUAGCGUUAUAAAAAGUGAAAUCGCAAACACCAAGUCUUUAGUACCUGCAACCUUCUCAAAAUCUAUUGCAAGCACCACCAAUACCGCUGCAGACAACACCGUCUGUGCUGUAACAAGCUCUCAUUUUACCGCAACAACCAUAAAGUCGAUGAUUGUUGUGGCAACUGCCAUCAAGCCAACUGCACUUACCACCAGUUGUAGUGCCUCCACAAAAUCCAGGAGGACGACAGCAACCAGCUCCAGUGCAUCUGCUAUCAGCACGACAACAACCCUUCCGGCUGCCUGCAUUGCAACAGCCUCUAGAGUUGCUGCAACCACCACCAGAUCAACAGAGUCUGCCGGCAGGUGUGGUAAGAAAUCCUGUCGAGUUACAGCGAGCACCUCAAGUGCAACAUCAGCCACCUCCAAGUACACAGCACCGACCAGCAGCAGAUGUAUCUCUGCUGUUGCAACAACUUCGACUGCAAUCACUGUCAAGCCCACAGUAUCUUCUGUGGCCUACGAUGUGGCAACGUCUAAAUUUUCCAUCAUUCCCACAAAGUCCACAGCAACAAACACCAGUGUUGCUGCAGUAAGCCCUAAAUUUACUCCAGCCACUACCAAGUCCACAGCGUAUGCUUCAGCAAACUCUAAACAUACUGCAAAUGCCACUAAUACCAAGCCUACAUCUAAACUUGCUGCGGCCACCAAUAGAUCUACAACACCUACCACCAGUUGUCCUACAAAAUCAGCUAAAGUGACAGCAACCACCUGCAAUGUAAUUGCAACCACAAAGUCUACACUACCUACCACCAGUUGUAUUACAACAGCCUCUCCAGCAGCAACAACCCCCAGUGCAAUGACAACCACCAAGUGUGCAACAACCUAUAAUAGUACUGUACCGGCAAGCACCACCAAAUCCACAGCGCAUAUCGACAGUUGCACUCCAGCAAGCUCCAGCUCAGACUCUAAAGUGCCGUCCACAGUGUCUCCAUCACAACACCAGAAAGCACCAGAAGGCAGAACAGGAGCAGAGGCCAUAUCAAAUGAAGCGUUACCCGUCCUUCGUAGAUCGUCCACGGACAUGCAUGAAGUCACUGGCGGAACUGCACAGACUGCAAGGAGAAGUUUGGACAACUCCUCACACACUAGGGUCACGCUUGUAACGACUGCAGUUGGAGGCAAAAAUGCAAAGGACUCUGCAAAGAAAGUACAUGUGAAGGAUACCAGGGAGUCAAAUGCGGAUGCAGAACGAUGUAUCCAGAAGAGUAACCCUUCUGCUAGACAUGCAAGCACAGCCAAAUCAUCACAAAGCAAGGUGAAGCCAACUAGAAGUGUUCCUAAAAUUGUAAUGAAAGGAAGCAGUCCUACUGCACUUUGUGCCACAUCCGAUUGGAACGGUCUAGUCACACACUGGAAAACGUUCACCAGUAUAACUAUGUGGUGUGUACAUCCUCAGAAGUAUGCCAUAUUCAAGUCGAAGUGCUAUCAGAACAAUGUUCAGUGUUUUAAUUUUCCAAACAAGAAAUCAAGGUUCCCAGAGGUGAAUGAUGAGCAGCUGGCGGACAUCAACCUGGAGAAGUUUGUAACCUUCAUGUCUAUGGCAGAGAAAUGUUUAGGUCUUCGGUCCAUCCAGACAAUAGACGUGACAAACGAACAGUACAAUGAGCUGUCUGAUCUUCCGGAAGCCAAAGCUUUACACAGAUUAGAGACUGUCUUUGGAGUGCCAUCAUCCUCCGGUAAUGGCACUUCACUGGCUUUAAGACAACGGGUUUUGACUAGCCCCUCACAGGAUGUUUCAAGCCCAGAAUAUGACACUCUACAGGACAAGUUUGAGGCCAUUACAGAGGCUGACACUUCCCAACUUGCUGCAGCAUUAGACAUAGAAGCUGAACACACCAGUGUUGCUGUUCCACUCGCUGACCCGGAACCUACUGGAGAAACUGAAUCGAUAGUGGAAAUGGACACAUCUGAGCCCAAACAGCAGCAGGAAAUUGUCAAUUGCGGUUUUAAGAAUACCAAGGCGACUCCGGAAGGGUCUAAUGACCAGUCAACAUCUGUAUUGAUGGGACCAGAUCGAUCUCCUGCUUCAGUGACCAGAGAACAGUGGAAACUGGAAGGCUCUAAUGGGCAGUCACCAUCAGUGUUGCUGGGACCAGAUCCACAUCAUGCUUCAGUUGCCACAGAGCAGCAGAAUCUGGAAGCCGCUAAUGAGCAGUCACCAUCAUUGUUGCUGGCACUGGAUCAGCCUCCUGCUUCAGUGACCAGAGAACAGAAUCUGGAAGUCUAUAAUGGAAAGUCACCAUCAUUGUUGAUGCGACUGGACCCACAUCCUCCUUCAGUGACAACAAAACCGUGUAAUCCAGUUGGAAGCUGCCAAAAUGCUGAAAGAUGGUCCAGUCUGCCUAUAGCACCGAUAGACCCUGAAUGUAACCAGGGUCGCAGUGCCUCUCAAGUGCACCCUCUUUCAGGCAAAUCAAGUAAUUUGCGAACGUUCUUGUGGGUGAAGGGACUGUACAGCCCGCUGGUGAAGGAAGGAUUGUACAGCCCGCCAAUCGUAGGUCUGGCGUCAGUGUACGAGUGUCGUGGUGGGUCUGGCGAUUCACUCUACUUGUGCAACAGCUGUAGUCAGAAACUCAUGGUCAGGGACAUUUGCCAGCAUGUGGUUGGCCCAGACCACCAGGUGAACUACAUGCUAAGAGCAUAUCCACAGUAUAUGGAUAGAUUUUGGGGUGACAUUAAUCUGCAACCAGAGAUGAAAAUGGAACUCUUAGAGGCCGUUGCUGGAGCGGUCUCCCUGCAAGAGCGUGCUAAGGGGAUGGAUGCACAGGUGUGUUUUCUCGUUCCAGACGUGUAUAACUAUGUUUGUACAGCACCGUUCAAUGAAGCUCUUGACGUGCUGCAAAACGGACAGAAGCAGAGUUUCGUCUGUCAGCCCGUCAUCACAUUGCAACAAAAGCAAGCAGGCCAGAAAUCAAAAGAACAGAUUGGACAUUUGUAUGUGAAUGGCGUUGACUCUGUUGAGCCUUCAUUCUCUGAAGCUAGCAUGUCCCUCAGUCUACAAGACAACCACAGAAGCUCCAUUUCAAGUCCUAUCUCCAAGACAACACCUGUCUGUCAAGUACAAGAGGAACUGAUGUCCUCAGAGCCCACAUCACUGGGACCCUCUCGUUUUAUUUCCAAGCCACCCCUUACUUUUAAAAUGCAGGAUAAAUUUGGAUCUCCUGGUCUCAUAUCCAAGACGCCACCUAGCUUUCAAGUGACAGAAGAUCUGGUACCCUUAGAGUCCACAUGUCCUGUAACUGUUGGUGCUAUCUCCAAGACGCCGCUUAGUUUUCAAGUGAAAGAUGACCUGUUAUCAGAGUGCAGCUCAGGUGUGUCUACCGGUCGUUCGGGGAAAAAGCCACCAAUUUGUCACGUGAAAGAUGAACUGAGGCUGCAGCAAUCUGGACCCCCUUCAACGUAUGCACCUAUCUCAAAGACACCGCCUGGUUCUCAACAAGUUAAAGAGGAACGGGUACUCAUAGAGUGCAGAUCACAUGUAAGCAUCUCCAAGACACUGCCUCAGGCUCAACUGAAAAGUGAACUGGUACUCACAGAACCAGCAGUUAAUGGAGAUCCUGGCAAUCUCUUGAAAACACAGCCUCAUGCUCAAGUGAAAGAUGAAAUGCUCUUAGAUUACAGAUCGCCUGCAACUACUGGUCCCGUGCCCAAGAUGCCGUCUAGUUCUCGAGAUAAAGAUGAACUGGCACUCUUGGAGUGCAAAUCUCCUGCAAAUACUGUUCUCUUUUCCAAGACACCUCCAAGAGUACAAAUGAAAAGUGAAUUGACUGCCUCAGCAUGCAGAGUCACUCCCCUCGUUGAGAAACAGUCUAGCUCAGACCCUCCCAUAACUGUCGGUUCAACGAUUCGCCAAGAUGAAUACCUUCCUACCAAGAAGAGAAAAACUCUUAAGUCUCUAGGUGAACUCAUUAGAAUUUAUUCCAAUACGAACAGAAUUGAUGAUCCUCAGCAAUCCAAAUGCACACGCAACUCCAUUGUUAAUCCUUCGGAUGAUCGUACUCCUAGUGACCAAGAGGUCUCUAUGGUAGAAAUCCUAAACUUGGGCACAAAAACUGAUUCAAAGAAACAAAUUGCUGCCGUCCCUGCCAAACUUUCUGUUGCUCCAACAAAGACAUGGUGCUCAAAGUCUGUGCAGUCUGUCUCCUCCAGUGCUGAAGAUAGAAGGGGAUUGGACUCGAUGAGUUGUAAGAUUGAAAGUGACCUGUCCCCAACACCUGUGUCUGGCAACAACGGCUCUCCGCAGGUGCAUACCUUCAUACCAGAAAACCCUUUGUUUAUUUUGACGGAAGACAAGUCAACGGGCACGGACAACCCCAAUGACUCCGCCUUGCUGGGAGGUUUUCAGCACAAAAACCUGCUGGAUGAUGUAAAACCCAACCAAAAUCUUGCUCAGUUACCACAGCCUCAAGGCAGCAAAGGUGGCACAGAAGGUUUUCUGCAUCAAAGCACAGUUUGGGCAAACGAUAUGGGUACUGAGUCAAACCAUCAGCUCAUUGCUGUGGCAGCAGGUCCUACGUCAACUGGCACAGACAACCCCGGUGACCUUGCUUUGCUUGGAGAUUUUGAGAACAAAAACCUGCUGGGUAAUGCUUCUGUGAAAACCAACCAAAAUCUUGCUCAGUUACCGCAGCCUCAAGGCAGCACAGACGGCACAGGAGGUUUUCUGCAUCAAAGCAUAGUUUGGGCGAACGGUAUGGGUGCUGAGUCAAACCAUCAGCUCAUUGGAGCUACAGCAGGUCCUACUAAGACUCAGCUGCCAGACCUAGGUGGUUUUGAUUUCAGUUGUACCACAAAUGCUUACAUUGCACCUACAGGUUACCCUGUGCCUGAUAAUAACAAUGUAUCCACAGGUUACCCUGUGCCUAAUUAUAAUGCGUCAUAUGUGAGCGUCAAUGGAAAUGAAGGCUCAAGGGGACUAUAUGCGGUCCAAGGCAGCCACUUAAACGACCCGCUGGCAACAAGGUGGAUGAACCUACAAAUACAGCAGUGGAUGCAGCAGCAGCAGCAGUACUCUACAUGGGCAAGGCCAGUGCAGACCACUCAAAACGUCACCAAUGGCGCCACCUACUUCUGUGCUGUUCCUGCAGUGUACUCCAACUAUUCCCUGGUGCUGAGAGACAUGAACGUGCACGGCAACUUGGGUUCAUCACAGUAUAACUUUUUGACAAUGGCACAGUCCUCUAAAAAGGACUGAAGUCUCUUCAUCUCUUGUCCCAAUGGUUUCUAAAGUUUAUAUAUUGACAUCAACACUCUUUUGCUGGUCUGCUGACUAUGUACAAGUCUGGAAAAAGACUUCAGUAACUCUAAUUUUUAACAUGCAGCCAGUCUUCAUGUCCAAGUAUCUGCUGCUUUUGGAGAUGCCUUUUUUUAUGUUGCACAUUAAAGUGUAAAAACUGUUCUUUCGUAUUUUACAGUUUUACAGAGUCCCUGUGAAUAUAUUGUUUACAUGGGCAGACUUUUUUUUUUUAAGUAUGUGGAAAAUAAAUGACACUUUCUAGAGUCUUAGUGGGUUUUGACUUUCUUUUAGUUAAAAUGACCCUCUUGACAACAGUCUGCAACCUAAUGCUAGCUAGGAAAGCCCAGAAACAAGACUGGCACAUCCUGUACAACUAAGGCAGCACCCCCAAGCAGACUCGAGUCUCGCCACCCCUAUAAAAGGGUGGCACAGAAGCUCUUUAGUUCCAUCCCCAAAGACCUGUCAAAAAAGGCAUGGCUUGAAAGUUCCUGGGAGCAGGAAUGUGAGUUGGCCAGGACCUCAUGCCUCCCGUCAUCACUGAUUGGACCCCGGGAGACUGAGUUGAAGGAGACCCUGCCGAACUGCCUCUGUACUGCAUUUCACAGUUCCACAUGUUCAAAAAGGAGUAAGAAGAAGCAGAGCUUAUUUUAACCUACCCCCCCAUCCUUUUCACAUCAAUUGCAAUACAUUUGUUCCCUUUCUGUAUUCCAAAUGUACUCUCUGCUAGUUCAAUAUACACAGGAAAACGAUAAGGUAAUGUCUUAAAAUAGGAGAUUCUUGUCACCAUAAAAUAAUUUAUAUAAGAUAUAAUAUAUACAUAAAAUAACUCAUGAAAGGGUUAAUAGCUGACAGAACAUAUUUGAGUGAGUACAGAUGUACUGUAGAUGUAUUCACAAAAGAAUGAAGAGUUGGUAAUGAGUGUGGUAGUGCUUAGACAGUGUAGUGCUGGAUGUCCACAGUGGUUCAGGACUCUUACUUGUACUUUACACACAUCAACUGCUUGGAUUGUUUCUAGAAAUGGCUCAUUUUAGUGCAUUGAGUUCCUUACUCAGUCCCUUCCAUAAUUUGAUUCCACAUAGGUUUUUAACAUUGUUGCAUAUAAGUGUUUUAAAGUUGAGACUUUCCCGAAGGUCAUAUUUCUCCUCUCUUGUUGGGAAGAAUUAUGACAUUUUCGGGUAGCAGGUUGUUUACUGUAUGCAUAAUUUCAGCUUUUGGCUUACAUUUAUUGACAAUUUCAAUGGUUUCCUUGUUUGUCAUAUCAGUGAGGAACAUGGAAUUGGGAUUCCGGUCUAGAGUUUCAUUCUGUUCCUCCGCUGACCAGUAUUUUGGGAUCCCUCAGUUUUGGGCCAAUAUUUACAAAGUAGUUAUUAAACCUUUCAACUACCUCAUUCAUAUCAUAAUUACAUUUUUUCAGAUCAUCAAACUAAUGCAAAUAAUAGUCAAUGACAACACAACUGAACACAAAAUGCAGUUUUUAAAUGAACUUUUGUUAAGGUUGAAAAAAAUCCAUGGCCAUGUGUGAAAGUGAUUGUUACCUAAAGCUAAUAAGUGGUUGGGCCCCCCCUUAGCAGCAACAACUGCAAUCAAGCGUUUGUGAUAACUUGCAAUGAGUCUCUUACAGCGCUGGGGAGGAAUUUUGGCCCACUCAUCUUUGCAGAAUUGUUGUCAUUCAGCCACAUUGGAGGCUUUUCCAGCAUGAAGCGCCUUUUUAAGGUCAUGCCACAGCAUCUCGAUAGGAUUCAGGUCAGGACUUGGACUAGGCCAAGUCUUCAGCCAUUCAGAGGUGGACUUGCUGGUGUGUUUUGGAUCAUUGUCCUGCUGCAGAACCCAAGUUGCUUUCAGCUUGCAACAGAUGGCCGAACAUUCUCCUUCAGGAUUUUUUGGUGGACAUCAGAUUUCAUGCUUCCAUUUAUCACAGCAAGUCUUCCAGGUCUUGAAGCAGCAAAACAGCCCCAGACCAUCACAAUACCACCACCAUAUUUUACUGUUGCUAUGAUGUUCUUUUCCUGAAAGGUAGCGUAACUUUUACACCAGAUAUAAUGGGACACACAACUUCCAAAAGUUCUCGUCCCAAAGGACUUGGGGAUCAUCAGGAUGAUUUCUGGCAAAAUUGAGACAAGCCUGAAUGUUGUUUUUGUUCAGCAGUGGUUUUGGUCUUGGAACUCUGCCAUGCAGACUGUUUUUGUCCAGUGUCUUUCUUAUGGUGGAGUCAUGAACACUGACCUUCACUGAGGCAAGUGAGGCCUGCAGUUCUUUGGAUGUUGUUGUGGGGUCUUUUGUGACCUCUUGGAUGAGUCGUCGCUGCGCUCUUGAGGUCAUUUUGGUUGGCCGGUCACUCCUGGGAAGGUUCAUCACUCUUGCAUGUUUUCACCAUUUGUGGAUAAUGGCUCUCACUGUGGUUCGCUGGAGUCCCAAAGCUUUACAAAUGGUUUUAUAACAUUUUAGAGACUGAUAAGAUUUCAAUUACUUCCUUUCUCAUUUGUUCCUGAAUUGCUUUAGAUCUCGGUAUGAUGUCUAGCUUUUGAGGAUCUGUUGGUCUACUUCACUUUGUCAGGCAGGUCCUAUUUAAGUAAUUUCUUCAUUGAGAACAGGUGUGGCAGUAAUCAGGCCUGGAUGUGGCCAGAGAAAUUGAACUCAGGUGUGAUAAACCACAACACUAGAACUACCAAGAAGGGGCCAUUGUAGGGGCCAUGGUAGUUCUAGUGUUAAAUUAGGUUUUAACGAUGGGGGCAAUCACUUUUUACACAGGGCCAUGUAGGUUGUUUUUUUUUCUCUCUCUCUCUUAAAAAUUGUUGUUCAGUUGUGUUAUUGAUUAUUUAAAUUUGUUUGAUCUGAAACAUUUAAGAGUGACAAACAUGCAAAAAUAAAGAAAUCAGGAAGGGGGCAAACCACUUUUUCACACCACCGUAUGACAGUACAUCCAUCCACUUUCUAUACUGCUUUGUCCUCAUUAGGGUCGCGGGGGCAUGCUGGAGCCUAUCCCAGCUGACUUCGGGCGACAGGCGUGGUACACCCUGGACUGGUGUCCAGCCAAUGGCAGGGCACAUAUAGACAAACAACCAUUCACACUCACAUUCAUACCUAUGGACAAUUUAGAGUCUCCAAUUAACCUAACAUGCAUGUUUUUGGAAUGUGGGAGGAAGCCGGAGUACCCGGAGAAAACCCACGCGCACACGGGGAGAACAUGCAAACUCCACACAGAAAGGGAGACUCGAACCCAGGUCUUCCCGAUCUCCAGGCUGUUCCUGUGUUGGCCAACAUGCUAACCACUAGACCACCGUGCGGCCAUGACAGUACAUGGAAAAAGAAAAUAAUUUGACAAGCAUUUCAGUACAGUACAAUCCCCAGAUGGGUAAGUGCUUGGUCUUGACCGCCCCACUGUUGCCUCUGCUUCUCAUCCAGACUGAAAUUUUUGUUUACAACUGCCGGAUUGUGAAAUGAUGGCGGGGUAGCUGCUUCUACAAGAGCUCCUCCCAUCUGGACAGCCUUUCCUUUUUUGGGAAUUAAAUUUAUUGGCGAGCUCGCAUGUUAUGCAAGCAGACGGAGGUGUUUUUGGCAAACACAGAUGUUAUGCAAGCUACGUUUAUGUAAUGCAAGGGGUCACCUCGACCUCAUCUCACUGAAGCUGGAGUUCAUAAUUAGUUCAUGCUACAAUACCCGUCAGUGUGACGUUCCAUCAUUUGCAUCCCUCACCUCCCUCUCUGUUUUGGAAUGUGUCCAGUCAAACCUAUGAUUGGGUUUUUGUAGCCAUGUGUUCUUCAGUCUUCCAUCUACCGAAGUUUAACAGGUAGGGCGCUAGGACCGUUUUAAGAGAGGUAGCACUUAGGCUAGAGCGAAAACGGUUGCGCUCUCACGGUAACUCCAAAGCCAUGUUUGUAAGGAAGUAAUUGGCAGACCGCUCAGGUAUUCAUGCAUGUUACCAACGCUGUGGACUUUUUUUCAUUUGUUAUUGUUUAAAAAACAUUUUCACAUAUUUUAUAAGAUACGCCUGUAUAUUAUUAUUGGAAAUCACACCGCUACCUCAAUAUACAGUCAAACUUGUCUAUAGCGGCCAUGAGAGAGAGUCUGCAAAAGUGGCCUCUAUAGACAGGUUGGCGUCCAGUUUGAAUGAUGACCAGUAGAGGAAAAAAAAGGGGGGGGGGAUUUUCUAAUGUUGACCAGUAGAGGGCACUGUGGGACUGCGGAUAAAAGUUGUACAGCCCUAAUAGGAUUAUUAUCCACGACCCACAGAACAAAACUGUGCUAGUAAUGUCUUACGCUUGUUUUUAAUAUUUUACUUUUUAUACGGCAGAGUGUCAUUACAGCUUUAGUUCAUCAGGAAGUGACGGUGGGCGUCCCGAGCAGGAGAGCUAGGCUCAGUGCUAGCUGUGAGUUUCAAGAGAGUUGGGAAGUGUGUUUAUGUUGGCGUGGAUGUAAAGUCCUGCAGUGUUCUCCGCUGUUAAUAAAGCCAUUAAAGUGCAUCGGCGACGUGAGUCUUUCCUUCCCCACAACAAGCGGAAUUACAGUAUUGACCAGUGCACACCAGGAAAUACACGGUGUCACUGUCUGCAACAAGCUCCAAAGAAGACGGCUUUUUUAUGUGGAACAACUGACAGUUUGUGUGGAUCUUGUGAAUGAUUGUGACUGAGCUAGGACUCAGUAAUUAAAGUCUACACACGACGGCUUCAUUGAUUGAAAAACAAAACUUUUUGGUGCAUGAAGCUUCUCCUUGAGUUGGUAAUUUGGCCGCUAUAUGCGGUCAGAUAUUGACCAAGGGAGACAAAAUGGGUGGCCGCUGGCCGCAUUAGACAGGUGACUGCUAUACACAGGGUCUAUAACAUGUAAAUUUGCUGCGGGGGAUUGUUCAGUGGCCGCUAUAGGCAGGUGGCCGUUAUAUAAAGGUGGCCGCUAAGAUAGGUUUGACUGUAUUUCAGGGUUUUAAAUAACUUAAAUCAAUUACUCAUUUAUUUAAUUCAAUAAAUUAUUUACUUAAUACAUGAAUUUACUCUCUUGUAUUCUCUAUACUAUGAUAUGAAAUACACAACUUUUUAAAAUUGACCUGACACAUUACGUGAACUUGCACAAAGUAUCAGUAUCAGAUCAGUAUCGCCAAUACUAGCCUGAAUUUUACUCUGUAUGGGAUAGAGAAUGAAAUCGUUGGUAUUGCACUGUUUACAGCUCGAGACAGCCGAGCUAACCAGUUAGCCUCAAAUUUAUUUCUUCUAAACUUAAGAAGCCCAAUACUUACCACUUCCACACGGAACGGGAAGAGAUGGUCGUUUUUUUUUUUAGUCUAUCAUGUUUGUCAUGCCAUGGCUGACUUGAUGACAUGACAUCAUGCAGUGUUAAGUUACCAAACAGCCAUCAUUUAGUCAUUUCUGAAAAACUGCAAUAUAGUGAGGGAGCGAUAAUUGAAUCCGAUAUUGCGAGGGAUGACUGUAGGUGAUAGAGCAUGUUAUUAGUAUCUGCUUUGAUCUUUGCUCUUUUUCCAAUUGUUGCUGCGUUUUAAGUCUUCCAAAUAUUUAAACUUUGUUCUUAAAUAAUCUCUGUAAAUUUUCCUCUCGUAAUACUGUGGCUUUCUUCAUAUAUUCAAACACAGAUGUUAUGCAAUAUAUUCAUAUUAAAACUUUAACCAACCUAAUUUUCCAAAAAUUACAGCUUUAUUUUGUUUUCUUUGUUUCUCAUAAUAACACAAUUAAAAAAUAUAUAUAUACAUGUUUUAUCUGUGCUACUAAACUGUGCUAUGACUUUUUUGUUCUCUAUUUUGGCUGUAUUUAUUUUAUAUAUUUUAUAUUCAUUUAUAUUCUAUUUACCUAUUUUCUAUAAGUUUUUGCUGGCGUUUAUCUGUCUGGGUUCAAAAUAACUUGAAAAGUUCUGAAUGGAUUUGGAUGAAACUUUCAGGAAUUGUCAAAAAUGGGAUAUGGAAGAACUGAUCAAAUUUUGGGGGUGAUCCAGAUUACCGUCUGGAUCCAGCAAUUUUUUAAAGCAUUCUUUAACAUUGGAAGAUAGGACCAUUUUCUGCAUUUGUGCAUAUAACUCCACAAAAAAUGGUCGGAGCCCUUGGAAAAAAAAUAUAGGACAAGUUUCCAACAAGUUCUAGAAAAUAUCAAAGACUGAUCCAAAAAAAUGUAUGAUUAGUUUGGUGUGAAUCACAAUGGGGGGGGGAAACUAUGGCGCUUGGCGGAGGUCUGCGCCCUCCGAGUGCAGAAGCGGGAUAGAAGAUGGAUGGAUGAGAAUAUAAAUGCAUUUUAUAUAUGAACUAUAAUAUAAUUUAUAUUGUUAUUUAUUAAAAUUACAGCUGCUUCUGCUGUUUUAUUAAAAUUUUCUAUUUCAACUUUCUUCUUGUAAAUUUUCUUAUAAUUCUAUAUUCUAUAGACUAUUCUAUAAAUUUCUAUAUUCUAUAAAUUUUCUUCUCAUAAUUCUAUAUUCUAUAGACUAUAUUCCCACAGCGUUCGAAU